CGAUAUAACUUGGUCUUGUCAAUAAAUCGAAUCAGUGUUGUUUUCAUUCAGGUCUAAUGUGUUUAUUUGUUUUUACACAGAUUCAGCUAAAUGAUGGAAUGAUGAAUACGGUUAACAGGAUUGUAAGGAUAGGGGUGAUUUUGUAUCUGAAUACAAUAUUGUCUGGAUGCAGGGCUAACAUUUGGCUACAAGAGCCUCAUUUUUACACAGUAAACCUGGAGACUCACACGUGGAAUGAAGCACGAGAGUAUUGCAGAUUGUUAAAUGACCAACUGAUUAGUAUUGCUAAUGAGACCGAGUCUUAUUUCUGGACAAAACUUUUAAAUCUCACCAGAUUGCAGGACCAUCGGUCUGCUGAUGGUGUGUACUGGACUGGACUUCAUGCACCUGACACUAACUCUUCACUAUCAUUAUUCUGGGAUGAUUGCUCUGUAUCUACAAAUGUUGGGAUUACAAAUAAUGGUUCAACAGCAAAUGGCUAUCAAUGUGUUGCAAUGUACAGCCGAGAUGUAUCUUAUGUAGAAUUACACAGAUCCAUGUGUAACGAGACAUACCCAUUUAUCUGUUCGACUAAUUGGAAUGGUUCGGACUGUGUCAAAUCAUGUGACGAACUUGUUGUUUUAACUGACCAGGACGUUUGUGACAAACUCUGUGACAACAUUGCAUGUUAUACCAUCUAUUUAAACCAAAUGAACAUGUGUCACGUGGUUCCUAAAGUAUACACUAGCUCAACAAUUUUUACGAUCUGCUACUUACCUUCAGAGGACUUUGCACCAGAAAUAUGUGGGCACAAAACUGAAUACCUAUCUUUAGAUAAAGUAGAUACCAGCCCGACAGUUACUGAUAUUACCUGCACGUUACAACAACCAAACAUUACUGUCACUAAUACAACAAAUGUGAAACCAUGCGAAUGUCUUUGUGAAAAACUCUGGACAUUUUUACCAAAUCCUUUACCAGAAACGGAGAACCUCACAAUAGAAGAAAAGAUUGAAAUUAUCGUUAAUGAACUCUCUCUGGAUAAGAAAAAUACAUCUUCAAGUCUGCGGAAGUAUGUAAGCGUGAUGGAUUAUAGACCAAGUUCUAUAGGAAUUGGAAUAGUCGCAGGUGCUAUUAUAAUGGCAGUAAUUGGUACUAUCAUCAUCAUGGAUUUGUCGACAAUAUGGAGUCAAAUACAUUCCUUUUUCUCAUCACUCCUUCAAAUGCUUUCAAUUCCUAAUAGUAGGCGUUGUGGAAUUCAACCAGACCUUGUAAGGGGUAAUGAGGGAAGUAUGUCCGCAAGUAAUGACCAGAUUACCGAUAAAGUCAAUAGUGUAGGGUGGUUUUCAAGGGAAAGGUUAUUGUACACGAGUUCGGAUGCAGAAGAUACAUAUAUUGAACUGGCUUUACCAAAGGAUAAAUAUAAAAACAAAGUUGUGCAUACUACUGCAACAAGUGGAUUGUAAUUAUUUAAUUAAUUUCAGUCUAGUUCAUAAGAAAGAUGUUAGCGCUAGGUUGGUUGUUUUCUGUUCCUAUCUUGUAUUGUUUGUCAUGAUAAUUUGAAUGAAACUUUUAUAAAUAUUUGAAAAUAAGCUUAUAUCUAAUCGUUAUUAAAGAAUAUAUCACACAAUCAAA